GACGCGGUCCCGGGCCGCUGUGGCACACAGGGGUUCUAGGCUUCUGGCAGAGUCUUGUGCCGGGCUGCGUGUGCGGCGGCGGGACGCGGACCGGGAGGCUGGCUGCCCGCGGGCGAGGCGCGCUGGGAGGCCGAGGCCGGGGUCGGGGCCGGGGAGCCCCGCGAUCAGCCACAGCGGGGUCCCGGGGCCGCGGAGGGGCCAUGGCUGCCGGCGGCAUCACCACGCUUCCCGCACUGCCCGAGGAUGGCGGUGCCGCCUUCCCGCCCGGCCACUUCAAGGACCCCAAGCGGCUCUACUGCAAGAAUGGUGGCUUCUUCCUGCGCAUCCACCCCGACGGCCGCGUGGACGGCGUCCGCGAGAAGAGCGACCCACACGUCAAACUACAGCUCCAAGCAGAAGAGAGAGGGGUUGUGUCUAUCAAGGGAGUGUGUGCAAACCGGUACCUUGCUAUGAAGGAAGACGGACGGCUGCUGGCUUCUAAGUGCGUUACAGAAGAGUGUUUCUUUUUUGAACGACUGGAAUCUAAUAACUACAAUACUUACCGGUCAAGGAAAUACUCCGGUUGGUACGUGGCACUGAAACGAACUGGGCAGUAUAAACUCGGAUCCAAAACGGGACCUGGGCAGAAGGCCAUACUGUUUCUUCCCAUGUCUGCUAAGAGCUGAUUCACUUUAGAAACUAUUAAUGAGAGAAACGAAUGUACGCAACUAAGUUUGGACGCCUGGAUAAAAACUCAUUAUGUAACAGUAAGAUACUUAACCGUUACCUCAGUAAAGAAAAGCAACAAUUUUUGGAAAAAGUUUAGAAUUCUCCCUUUUAUAGCUUUAGUUGUGACCCAGUGAUGAUCAGAGCCACAAUAUUUUUCAUUUAUUUUCUUUAUUAGAAAAGAGGAUUUAAAGCGAUGUGCAUUUACAAAUUUCCAUCAUGGAAAUCAUGUAUGUGAGAAAGAAAGCUGGUGCCAGGUAUGAGCCGCAGACUGUGCCCACCUUUGUUUCACUCAAUCUGUCCCCGUGGUGGCUGUGUAACUCUCCGGCAGUUCCCUGUGAUAGAGUUUGUAGAACAGGCCUGUGUACACUGCCGGGAGUUCCUCCAUGCUGAGGUCAAUUUUGUCAAACCCUUCCCUGUGUCCAUAUAGCAACAGCUUAGCUACCCUGCUGGUUAUAGGGGUUGUGUUUUUAGUCCUGGCCAGGUUUUCUAGAUCCAUCCAUUCACACGUCAAGCAUUCCUGCUGGCAGAAGUUGAUAGUGAAGGAACACGGCUGCAGGCGGCAGAUCAGGUACAAGUCUGACUUCCCGAAGGCUCCAGGGUGCCUGUGCUGCUGCCGGAUGCUCAGCAGAGACCUGAAUUCUGACUUCACCCCAGUCUCUUCAAACACCUCUCGGACUGCUGUGUCGCCUACGUGAAAGAGAGAAACAAACAGAGAUUUCGUUCCUAGAGAUGCUGUCAAAGGUUUUCAGUGACAAUCUGGAAGGUUAAAAGCAAAACUUUGUCUUCGAACUGCUUUCUUGACGUUGUGAGAUGCACUUUGUAUUUAAGGUGCCUCUGAGACACUGAGGGUCUCCUUGAAGGCUAUGCAUGCUUCAACACAUCAUCUUAGCCUCUUCCUGCUCUGUUUCCCAGAGGCAAGAAGACACUUGCAAACACAGCUGCAGUUAACCUUCUGCUAAAUCCUUCAGGAAUCUGUAGUGCUGAGCUUACUUGAAUGAGCAGUGAAUUGACUCUGACUUGUUUGUGAUCUAAGCCCACUGCCCCACAGGGCAAGGCCCUUCACCAUGGUUAUGCCCCCUCCUAGCCACCGGUGGAACCUAGCCUGAUUUGGAAACUGCUUUCUCUUGAGAUCAGAUUCCAAAGAACUUGGGAUUCAACCCCUCAACACCAAAAUGCAAUAGCUGUUUAAUCAAACAUUUUCAUAAGGCUAGAAGUGCACAUAAUUUUAUAAUACAACAAGGGUUUUCACAUUUUAUAAAUAUUUUUAAUUAAAUACAAAUUUCCAUGGCAGGACUUUUAUUGCCAUUAACAUAGAUUUAUGUCCAGUUUAUCAAGACACCCAGGAAGACUGCCUGAAUGGACUUCACUAGUUCUGAUGCUCUAUAGCUUCCUGUCCUAAUCGCUUUUCUGGUCCUCUUUAGAAUUAUUAUAGAUUCUUUAACACCUUCUAAUGCCUCGCUGGAUGUUUGCCAAAUAGCACAUAAGUUUGUCUUGCCAGUAAAUCGACUAAUAAUGUCGAUGCGAUGAAGAGCUAUCAAAAGCACAUAGUUCCUGUGCACACAAACCAUAGACUGUCUUCCCUGCCCCCUGGGCACAUACCCGCACCUAAGGCAUGCUCUUGUUUCUAAGAAACAGUCCUAGAAAGGCUCACAGAAACAAUAUCUUACUCUAAAACACAAGACAUCUAUCCACCAUUCUUUAAUUAUAUACUGACUUCCCUGUGACUGAGAUUUGUCCAUAGGUUAAGCAUGGUUAGAAAUUACAUUUCAUAACCGAAAGCACCAAGACAAGGCAUACCUUGUCUACACCAUGUAGAUACCUGCUUCGGCGUGUGUGAGAUGCUGGGUUCAGAUCCUGGUACCACAUAAUGAGAGGGAGGGAACAGUGGCAUCAAAGAACAUUCUAAGCUCACAAAGUCUCUGGUAAGAAAAUAGUUUUCAUCUAGCAUACAUUAUUAAAUUUAUUAUUAAAAAUUGUGGCACUAGUCUUAAAUGUUUAUAUAGUGGCCACUAACUCUUGUUUAAACAUAUAUAGUCUUUAAUAUGCAUAUAUAUAUACAUAUAUAUGUAUGUAUCUUUAAAUGCUCUGAAAAUGACCUUAGGGAUCCCGCUCAGUUCUUAGCACCACUAACCUGACCAGCUGUCUUAAAUGACAGAAACAGGACAGGGUAAACGGGGGAGUGAGUGUCCUGCUUAGCAGUCACUAUAGCGCAUGGUGGCAGCAGGAUAGACACUGCUUGAGUAGACCAAAUAGUUUAACUUGAAUCAGUGCAUCACCAACUAGCCGAAACCAGAAAAUGCAAGCCGUACUUUUGUUUCUGAGAUGUGGGACAUCCUCCCCUUACACUUCAAAAUGUAAGCCUCCCCCUCAGUUCCAACGUGAAUUUAAAUUUAUCACGAUAAACUGUUGUUUCUUUUCAAUUAUUUUAACAGACUUUAAACUCAGCUGAAAUAAUAGUCACUGUGUGUGCAGAAUCUAGAAGCUCAUUUUUGCUGCUGAAGAGGUACAUGCUAAGCAUGACAGGCUGGACUGCUGAACAGUAGGACAGUGCAGAGGCUCCAAUUUCUCCUGUUUUGUAGGACGUAAUGAUAGGUGUCUUGAGAUGACCUAAGUGAUGGGAAACUUUCUUUGAGCUCCCUUGGGCCCUGCUGAACAUCUCUGAUUGCUGAAACAGGAUUUGGUUUUCACCCAUGGUAAUAUCAUAUUUUAGGAAGGCAUUUUGUUCCUUUGAACUGUACAAGACACCUUUAAACUCUAUACUUAAAAACUUCUAUUUGUUUCGCAUUUUCCCAAUUCAAUUUCUUAAAAAAUUCUUGGCAUAUCAAUGUUUUACCUACCUACCAUUAUCAGAGAAUGAAAGAUUCCAAACAAAUGAGUUCCCAAAUUAACUAGCAUUUAUUUACUGGUAUUUAACUGGCUAAUUACCAAACAGUAAAUAUCGAACUGUUCAGGAUGGCAGCAUUCCAAAAGUGCAGUUCAUGCUUUCCUAAACACAGGUGUCAAGAAUCGAAUCUCCAGGUGGUCUAAACAAUCUGACUUCUUCAUUAGAGUACGUGUACUUUGUCCUGGAGAUCACUAGAAACAGGCUGUAGAAGAGAAUUCCAAGGCUAUGGUGAAUACCAACUUCCGCUUUACUUUUAGUUCAGAUAAGUUAUUUUGUUAACCACAGAUACUUAAAAAAAACGAGUAGGGCAUUUAAAAUGAUUUAGGCUUAAAGGUAAGAUUCUGGAAUUAUACUUAAACCUGAAUUUACACAUACUUAACUUGAAAAUGUGUUUUUUCAUUUACAUCUAAGUCUGUCUGAAAUUCUUAGGAUCUACUGGAGUUCAAAGGAAAAUAAACCCACCUCAAUUCAUUUGAAAAGGCAUGUCCCAGGAAGGAAAGGCACAUGGGGCUGCAGACGGCUUCCCCUCUGUGCAGGGUGAGAAAGCUAGACUUGAGUUACCUUGUUCACACACACUCACAUACCACAUAGGUAAUGGGAGAAAAUGAAGAAGGUGGCCUUAUAGAAAAAUGGCCUUGGCUCUCAGUAUUUGGCACCCCUACAAAAUACAGAUAUUUUUUUGAAGACAUGGUCUAAGUAGCACAGGAUGGCCUGAAACACCAUCCUCCUGCCUCAGCCUCCUUAGUAGUAGGCUAAAUAGGCAUGUGCCAUCACGCCAAGGUCCCCAGAGUACACAGUGUCAACAGACUGCCUGCCAGAGAACUCAGCGGUCAGCGAGCAUCUAAAACCAAGGUUUGCUUCACACAUCUGAAUGUCAUCAACGUGCUCAUGGGUGGUUAGGAGCUGGCCACGUAAAUACGUGCAGGGCAUUUGGGUCUAUGUAAGGUGCAAACUCAGACUUCAUGGACAUACACUCAAGGAGACUGCUUCGUACAGUGCUGGUUAAAGAGAAAUGAGGAUGUGCAUGUUAAAGGAGAGAUCUUUGAGAAAUAAUAUUAGUAUCUAAUGUAUUAUUUGCUUAUCAGGAUAAUAUUGAAUUUAGCCUAAUGGUUUAAGGAACAGCCUAAUUCUAUACUUUGAAGAUCAGUGACUGAGUACUUAGUUUCCAUCCUAUCUCCCUAUAAGCUGAUUUGGUGGGAGAGGGGAGAUACGUCAUUUCUCACUUGAGACUUCCUCAUAAGGUAUUUUGGGGAUAAUAAUAAAACAUAUUAUUAUGUUUUAGAUUAUUCAUAAAUAGUUGGCAAAAAUUUUAAAAGAUAAUUAUAUCACUAUUUCCUUGUAGUUGGCUUUAUUAUAUUUCAAGCUCAUUUUGAAAUUAUUAUUCACCCAUAUGUGACCAUAAUGUUGUCAAGAAUUCAAAAUUUAAUAAUUUUAGCCCUAUUUGAGAAACCUUUAUAGUGAACUUUACUGACAAACGUCUCAGGUCGCUCCUUUCCCUAUGGCCACAGAACGCCCUGGACAGGUGUGUUAACGCUCCCCUAGGGUUGAGGUGUGCCAGAAAACGCAUGCUCACAUGCUCACUGUGCAUCAGCACUCAUGAAAUCUGCCUAAAAAUUUCUGACUUGGUCUGAACCAAUUAGAAAAUUUAAAUUCUUAUUCUUAGAUAUAAAGCAGAAAAGGAAACAUGAAUUUUCCAAACAUUUUCAACCUUAUCAGAAAUAUAUAAAUACAUACCGAUAUCUUCUCCAGGCUCUGACAGGCCUCCUGGAAAUUUCCACAUAUUUUUCAGCUGCAGUACAAAGCAAAUAAAUAGCUCUCAUUCUCUCCGGCCUCUCUCUGCCGCUCCUACCCUAGUCCACCCGCAGCUGGUUACGGUAGUAAAAACGUGUUUAUUUUACUCUAUUUCCUCAGCUUUCUUACUACUGCAGUUUUUCUCGUCUGAGGGUGAUGGUGAUUGAUGAAAUCUUUCCCUCUUACUCUUCAGGAAGCAGAGCGGUGUGAUUCAGCUAAUGUGAUAACCUUAUAUUACUGAACCUUUGGAGGGAAAUAUCUAUUGAUUUGUGUACUUUACAGAACUUGGCUGCUAGUUGAAUAUGAACAAUAGGAUCUUACAGAUGCUGCUAUAAGUAGAGUACAGAAUAAAUGUAACCACCAAGGUUUGCUACUCCAUAGAGUUUUACAUGCAUUUACUGUAUCUGUUUCUGUUCAGAGAUUACUCAAGACUUCUGCGUGUUAAUAGUUUUACGUAAAAUGUUAUUGCUUUUUAUGAAUAGUGUGAAUAAAAUUACUUUGGUUUCUUGACUAUCA